AUGGAAAAAAGUAAAUCUGAUCUUUUAAAAGAAGCAACAAAUCUAUCUCAGUAUUUAGAUGAUUCAACUCUUAGAGAUGUAGAAGCUAAAACAAAUGUCACUCCUUUUUUGUACUAUUCCGUUUUGACCGCAGCUUUGAGUGGAUUGUCAAUUGGUUAUGAUACAGGUAUUAUUGGUAUCGCAAUGUUAAUAUUAGAAAAAGACCAUAACUUAAGUUCAGCUGAACAAACCUCGAUCGUUGGAGCAACUACAUUAGGUGGCGCAAUCGGCGCUUUGGGUGCAGGUUGGAUCGCUGAUUUUUAUGGAAGAAAGACUUCAAUUUAUUUAGGUGCAUGUUUGUUCGUCAUAGGCUCAUUGAUGAUGUCUUUGUCAUCAACAACUACCGUUUUGUUGAUUAGUAGAUUAAUAACGGGAAUUGCUAGUGGCAUUGCAUCUAUGGUCGCUCCAGUAUAUAUUAGUGAAAUUUCUCCAAAAUAUCAUCGUGGUCAGCUAGUUAUCUAUAACGUUCUACUAUCUAAUGGUGCAACGUUUAUUGCCAUAUUAUCAGGGAUGGUAUUGGUAUCAGAUGAUGGAUGGAGAUGGAUGGUUGCUUUUGCUUCUGUCCCUUCAUUAGUACAGCUUUUUGGUUUAUUAUUUGUUCCAGAAACUCCAAGGUUUCUUGUGAAACAUGGUAACUUUGAAGAUGCUAGAAAAGUUUUGAGUAAAAUUUAUCCUGAUUCAUCUCAAGAAUUCUUGGAUAAAGAUGCCAAGGGUUCUUAUAGAAAGCUGAUACAACCUCCUUAUUUAAGGCCAUUCUUAAUUGUAUGUGCGAUUGUGAGUUUACAAGAAUUAUGUGGAUUUGAUACCUUUAUGUAUUUUAGUGCUAUUCUCUUAAAUAUUACUGGUUUCACUAAUACGAAUGAUGCUUUAAAAUUUUCCCUUUUUGUUUAUGGUGGAAAUUUCCUUAUGUCAGGAUUUUCUACCAAACAAAACACUUGUUCUGAUUAUGGAAACAAUUGUAACGCUUGUAUAAUUGAUAGACGAUGUACAUUUAACAAACUUAAUGGAAUUUGUGUUUUAAAUAACAAUAAUUCUACUCAAUUUACCGUUUCUUGUGAGAAUAAUAAUCGCUUUUUCGUGCUUGGUUCCUUGACAUUUUCCAUUAUGGCAUAUGCUUUGGGUAUUGGAAGUGUUACAUGGUUGUUACAAAGUGAGUUGCUUCCAUUGAGUGUACGUGGUCGAGGUGUAGGAAUUGCAACUGCUGCAAAUUGGGCAACAAACUUUUUAGUUGGGAUAACUUUCUUACCACUUAUAAAUAUCAUAUCAAUUCCUGGCUCGCAACAAGGUAUCCGAAUCCGUGGGUGGACGAUCUCAACUACUAAACUUCCAAUUUUUAGUUCACAAGAAAUUGAUCGAGUACAAAAAGAAAUUUCUAUUCCACUUCCGGAAAUGUUUUUUGGCAAUAAUAAAUUACGAGUAACCAAUGAACACGGAGUUGUUUUUGAAUUAUCACCAGUGGAUUCGUUAAAAUUUAUUGAUGCAACCGACGAAGGUGGAAAUAAAGUGAAAGUCGCAUAUUCAGAAGAAUGGAAACAUAAAAGUGCCAAGAAUCAUGGAUAUAUCAAAGAUGUAGUCAAACCUUAUGAUUGGACAUAUUCUACUUCAUAUUCUGAAAAACUCAAACUUCCUGAACCAAUUUUAUUUUACGAUGAAGUUAUUUUAUUUGAAGAUGAAUUAGCUGAUAAUGGAACUGCGAUACUUAAUGCUAAAGUGCGAGUUAUGCCAUCUGGAUUUUUCAUACUUCAACGAUUCUUUUUACGAGUUGAUGAUGUAUUAUUUCAACUUAACGAAACAAGAAUUUAUCAUGAGUUUGGAACAAAGUAUCUAUUAAAAGAAUAUUCUUCAAGAGAAAUUCCUUAUAAUAAAAUUAAAGCGCAAAUACCAAAAAGUAAAGGCAACGACAUAUCACAACUCACGGAUCCAGAUUGGGUAUCUUCUAAAUUACCAAAAUCAAAAGAACAUGACUUGAUAUUGGAAAAGUUGUGUGUUGUUCCUUUAUUAUCAUAA